AUGCGGUUCCAUCUCGCAAUAUCCCUUUUUGCCCUAACGGGUCUCGUACUCUCAGCUCCUGAUCCUCGUUGCGAAACGGAUGCCGACUGUGGGGGAUGGCAAUUCUGUGAUAGGAUACAAAUGUGUACCGACACACUUGGAGCUGGUAGCCCCUGUGAUACCAAUUCCAUGUGCGAUUCCGGAUGGUGCGAUAACAAAGUGUGCAAAGAAACCGCUAUCGGGCAAUCUUGUAGCACUCGCGACGACUGCCAUGGACGUCAACAAUUUUGCUCACAAGAAACACAUACUUGCCUUCUAUCUGGCCGCCCGGAGGGUACCUCAUGUCAAGUCAACGGGGAAUGUGCGUGGAAACGAUGCUUUAAUAAGAAGUGCCAAAAAGAAGACGGGGAAUUUGGAACUUCCUGCAAGAAGACCGAAGACUGCAAGUCGGGCUUGAUCUGUGCGAAGGAUGCCUUUAGCAGUGGAAAUACAUUCUGUCGAUUCAAUGACAAAGGGAUUGGAUCUCCGUGUUCUAAGAAGGAAGACUGCAGGCUCGCAUUACUUUGCAAGAGUGGAAUAUGCGAGGCGGAUGAUACGACAUGCAUCGCACCUGGUCUCCUUUGCAAGGCUGACGGCGACUGUUGCUCGAAAAACUGCAAAUGGAACUUCAGCUCCGGCCUCCCCCUUCGAUCAUGCGCGUGA